CGUCAAGCAGCCGCUCUCUUGCCUUCGCUGGAUACACGUGAUCGUCUCAUCCGGGUCUUUGCGUUCUUUCACACUCGGCCCAACAUGGCAGCUUCAGCUAAGAAGAAGAACAAGAAGGGGAAGACUCUUACCCUGACUGACUUCCUGGCGGAUGAUGGGGGCAGUGGCGGUGGUGGAGGCGGCAGCAGCGUCGGCGUUGGUGGUGGCGGCGGAAGCACCGGUGGCGGCUUUCGGGACAGCUAUCAGAGCAGCGGUCGAGACAGCUAUCAAAGCAGCGGUCGAGACAGCUAUCGGGACAGCGGUCGAGACAGCUAUCAGAGCAGCGGUCGAGACAGCUAUCGGGACAGCGGUCGGGACAGCUAUCAGAGCAGCGGUCGAGACAGCUAUCAGAGCAGCGGUCGAGACAGCUAUCGGGACAGCGGUCGAGACAGCUAUCGAGACAGCGGUCGGGACAGCGGUCGGGAUGGUGGUGGCGGCAGCACCUAUACACCAAAACCGGUCAGCUGGGCAGAUGAGACUGAUGAUUUGGAGGGAGAUGUCUCCACAACAUGGCAAAGUAAUGAAGAGGAUGGGUACGGCAGCAGAAUUGAUCGUUCAAUCCUUCCCACUGCCCCCCGAGCUGCACGUGAACCUGAUGUGGACCGAAGUCGCCUGCCGAAAAGUCCCCCUUUCACUGCCUUUCUUGGAAAUCUUCCCUAUGAUGUGUCUGAAGAAUCCAUCCAAAAGUUCUUCAGGGGCUUGAAUAUUAGUGCUGUUCGUCUGCCCCGUGAACCCAGCAAUCCAGAGAGAUUAAAAGGGUUUGGUUACGCAGAGUUUGAUGACUUGGACUCUCUUCUGAGUGCUUUGAGUCUUAACGAGGAAUCUCUAGGAAACAGAAGAAUAAGAGUGGACAUAGCUGACCAAGCACAGGACAAAGAUCGGGAUGAUCGCUCAUUUGGCAGAGAUCGGGACCGCAAUAGAGAUUCUGACAAGACCGAUUCCUCUGACUGGAGGGCACGUCCCACCACAGAUGCAGCGGAUGAUAAUCCUCCUCGCCGUGAAGAGGGCUUUGGAGACAGGUAUCGAAGUGAUCGAGGUGACCGGUAUGAGUCAGACCGGUAUCGUGAUGGCCCACGUAGGGAUGACCGCUUUGAUCGAGACAGAGGAAGGGAUCGCUACGAUGACCGUGAUAGAGGUUCUGACUCCUGGGGAGGUAGUGCAGGUGGAAGUGGAAGGAGAGCGUUUGGCACCGGAUAUCGUCGAGAUGAUGAUUUCAGAGGUGGUGGUAGCGGCGGCGGCGGUGGUGGUGGUUCAGAUCGAUAUGGUGGUGAUCGGUAUGAUGACCGGCGAGAGGAUAGGUCAGACAAGUGGAACGGCUUUUCCAGGAAUGAAGAAAAGAGGGAAGAAAGAGGAGGAGGAGUAGGAGGAGGCGGUGGAGGUCCUAUUCAGAGGCCAAGGUUGAAUCUUAAACCUCGUACUGCACCAAAAGAGGAGGAGAGCACAGCCACAAGUCGAGCUGCGUCAAUUUUUGGGGGUGCCAAACCUGUGGACACAGCUGCCCGAGAACGUGAGGUAGAAGAAAGAUUGCAGAAAGAACAGGAAAAAAUGCAUCGUCAUUUGGAGGAUGACCGGCCUCGACAGAUAGAGAGGAAGCCACGGGAAAGGCAUCCAAGCUGGCGAAGUGAAGAAAACCAAGAAAGGUCUAGGACUGGAAGUGAGUCGUCUCAAACAGGCACUGGUGGAUCAUCAAGGAUCUCACGACGGAGAGAAAGUGAAAAAUCUGUGGAGAAUGAAGUGUUCGGAAAAGAUGAGGAACCUCCUAGCUUGAAGUCCCCCAAAUCGGAUUCCCAGCUACCUUUCAAAGUUAUGCCUGCCCCACCUCCUAAAGAGAAUGCAUGGGCAAAGCGUACUACAGCACCUGGCCCUUCUCGCUCCAUCAGUUCAGAGUCCUCUCAAAGUGGAGGGGAGAGACCUUAUGAUUCAGAAAGGCGGCAGCCUGUGAAUGUGCAAGGAGCAGAUGAGAACACAGAUGAUUUGGACCAUGUGUCGAAGUCUAGUGGACGUGGCAUUGGAGAUCGCAAUCAAGUGUCUGAUAGGGACGAUGAGGAUUUAAAUGUAGUGUCGGAGCCAAUGAGUAAAGACGAGCAGGCAGCUAAAUUCAGCCACGCAAGUAAAUACGCAGCUUUGUCUGUGGAUGGAGAAGAGGAGCCAGAAGAAUACGCAGACUAACCUGGGGGAAUACCAGUGUCUAUUGGAUUCCUUCCUUCCUUUCUCUCCUUUUAAUCUCCCAUAUGCCCUAUUCCAUAAGAGCAAGAAAAGCAACACCCCUUCCGGCUCUGUCCCCUCAGAAAUCUAAAAGCAGUCCAACUCUGACACCUUCAACAAUGAUCUUCAGUUAGAAAAACAAUGAGCUGCUUGUUCUCUUGCAUGCUGCAGCUUUUUACCGUGUGCGUGAAAUAGGAGGGGGGCGUAAGUGCAGUGUGUGGUGAGGGAGCCCUUAAUCGCAGUUCAUGCUUUUUUUGGGAAAGGGAAGUUUAACAGGAUUAUCACACAGUAUAUUCAAUGCUUCCCGAAAACCUCUGCUACAUUGCACAAAGGUUAUCAUUUUUAUGCCAGAGAAUACAUUAAUUUCCAAGCAGCAAUGUCUCAUAUAUAAGACUUUUGGGUGGCUCCCAGAGCUCCUAUUUUAAGGUUAUUCCUCCAGCACAUAGAGAACUUCAUGGACUUGUUGUGCUGGACCUUAAUGAUUGCAUUUUUAGCACAUUAUGAUAAUAAAAUGAAUUAAUAUGAAGCCCUGAUUUGCAGCUUCAGUAGUGAAAUUAAAGCCUUCGGAUGCUUGGUUUGCACUCAGAAUAGAACAGUUUGCCAGAAGCCUGUCAUCCACAGUGGCAAAAAAAAAAAUGUAAAAAAAGAAAAAAAAAUCCGAUUACUAGCUAUAUCCACAGACUCAAACCCAUGUUACAUAGGAGAAUCCCCCCUCAAACUUGGUGUGGUGCUGUGGGUUUCCAGGAGGCUGCUGUAGCAAUGAACUUUUGUUCGUAGGAUGUUUUUCUUUUCUUUUUUUUUUUAAAUAAAAUAUCUGGAAGAGGUGGUGUUUGAGUGGCAUGUUGCAUUCAGACACUGCCUUUCGCGCAUCAGACACCCUGAAUCAACAUUAGUCCUCUUUCCUUCUACCCCACCUCAACCCCUUCAUCUGGCCUUCCCUAAUUUAUAACUAAUGUGCAUUGGAGAGCUGGGUCCUCGUCUCUCAGGCCAGUUCUUGAAACCUUGGUUUAACAUUUUACACUUCCCACUGAAGUGUAAUCUGAGGAAAAUAUAUAAUAAAAACUUGUAAUGAUUUGUAAUUGGCUUUCUGGGAGAUGUUUUAUUAUCAUGUAAAGUACCUGACCAACCCUCAAUUUUUUUUUUCUGUUUAUCGCUCUGCCCCUCCCUCAAAUAAACUAAUCUUUAAAGUAUUAUGUCUGUUUAAAUGUUUGUCUGUCUUUUUGUGUAAAAGAUUUCAUCUUCACACUGUGGAAUAAUUGUGUGGUUUUGAGGACCCCUAAAUAUAAUGGGAGACAUUUAUUAAAAGCUGUGCUUCGUU